CGGAGCCCCGCCCCCGCCCCCCUAAUUGAUAUUAUUGGAGUGUGGAGCGGGCGGCGGGUCUGCAGUCGGAGACUUGCAGGCAGUGGAAACGGUGCGAGCGAUCAGGAGGGGGACGUUUCUUUUUUUAAAAAAAAAGCUUAAACGUGGAGCCGGAGCCGUCACCUGGAGAUCGAGAAGGGGAAUCGAUGCAAGAAGAGCAAUAAAAAGGAAAAAAAAGAAAGAAGAAAAGCAAAGAACCCACUCGGAGCAAACAGCGUUUCAAAAGCUGCGACUCCACCGAAAGCUGACAUAAAACCUGCUCGUGCACCAUGGUUUUGCAAACUCGGAGCCCUUCGUGGAUUAUCGUAUGCUCCAUCUGGCUGCUCCGCUUUGCACACACCGGGGAGGCGCAAGCUGUAAAGGAAGUACUACUGCUGGAUUCUAAAGCACAACAAACAGAAUUGGAAUGGAUUUCCUCUCCACCAAAUGGGUGGGAAGAAAUCAGUGGUUUGGAUGAGAACUACACCCCAAUACGAACAUACCAGGUGUGCCAGGUCAUGGAGCCCAACCAAAACAACUGGCUGCGGACUAACUGGAUUUCGAAAGGCAACGCACAAAGGAUUUUUGUAGAAUUGAAAUUCACCCUGAGGGAUUGUAACAGUCUUCCUGGAGUGUUGGGAACGUGCAAGGAAACCUUUAAUUUGUACUAUUACGAGACAGACUACGACACUGGCAGGAAUAUCAGAGAAAACCUCUAUGUAAAGAUAGACACCAUUGCUGCCGAUGAAAGUUUCACCCAAGGUGACCUUGGUGAGAGAAAGAUGAAGCUUAACACUGAGGUGAGAGAGAUUGGACCUUUGUCCAAAAAGGGAUUCUAUCUUGCCUUUCAGGAUGUAGGGGCUUGCAUAGCUUUGGUUUCGGUCAAGGUGUACUACAAGAAGUGCUGGUCCAUUAUUGAGAACUUAGCUAUCUUUCCAGAUACAGUGACUGGUUCAGAAUUUUCCUCUUUAGUUGAGGUUCGAGGGACGUGUGUCAGCAGUGCAGAGGAAGAGGCGGAAAACUCCCCCAGGAUGCACUGCAGUGCAGAAGGAGAAUGGUUAGUGCCCAUUGGAAAAUGUAUCUGCAAAGCAGGCUACCAGCAGAAGGGGGACACAUGUGAACCCUGUGGCCGCGGGUUCUACAAAUCUUCCUCUCAAGACCUUCAGUGCUCUCGCUGCCCAACUCACAGUUUUUCUGAUAAAGAAGGUUCUUCAAGAUGUGAAUGUGAGGAUGGAUAUUAUAGGGCUCCAUCUGACCCACCAUAUGUUGCAUGCACAAGGCCUCCAUCUGCACCACAGAACCUCAUUUUCAACAUCAACCAAACCACAGUCAGCUUGGAAUGGAGUCCUCCUGCGGACAACGGGGGAAGGAACGACGUGACCUACAGGAUACUGUGCAAGCGGUGCAGUUGGGAGCAGGGCGAGUGCGUUCCUUGUGGGAGUAACAUCGGCUACAUGCCCCAGCAGAGUGGCUUAGAGGAUAACUAUGUCACUGUCAUGGACCUGCUGGCCCACGCCAAUUACACUUUUGAGGUUGAAGCUGUGAAUGGAGUUUCUGACUUAAGCCGAUCCCAGAGGCUCUUCGCUGCUGUCAGUGUCACCACUGGCCAAGCAGCUCCCUCGCAGGUGAGCGGAGUCAUGAAGGAGCGGGUGCUACAGCGGAGCGUGGAGCUUUCCUGGCAGGAGCCAGAGCAUCCCAACGGAGUCAUCACCGAGUACGAAAUCAAGUAUUACGAGAAAGAUCAAAGGGAACGUACCUACUCGACAGUAAAAACCAAGUCCACCUCAGCUUCCAUUAAUAACCUGAAGCCAGGAACAGUGUAUGUCUUCCAGAUUCGGGCUUUUACCGCCGCUGGCUAUGGAAACUACAGCCCCAGACUCGAUGUGGCUACGCUAGAGGAAGCUACAGGUAAAAUGUUUGAAGCCACAGCCGUGUCCAGUGAGCAGAAUCCUGUCAUCAUCAUCGCUGUGGUCGCAGUGGCAGGGACCAUCAUCCUGGUGUUCAUGGUCUUUGGUUUCAUCAUUGGGAGAAGGCACUGUGGUUAUAGCAAAGCUGACCAAGAAGGGGAUGAAGAGCUUUACUUUCAUUUUAAAUUUCCAGGCACCAAAACCUACAUUGACCCUGAAACCUAUGAGGACCCAAAUAGAGCUGUCCAUCAAUUCGCCAAGGAGCUAGAUGCCUCCUGUAUUAAAAUUGAGCGUGUGAUUGGUGCAGGAGAAUUUGGAGAAGUAUGCAGUGGCCGUUUGAAGCUUCCAGGGAAACGAGAUGUCGCCGUGGCCAUCAAAACCCUGAAAGUUGGGUACACGGAAAAGCAAAGGAGGGACUUUCUGUGCGAAGCCAGCAUCAUGGGGCAGUUCGACCACCCAAACGUUGUCCAUUUGGAGGGAGUUGUUACAAGAGGGAAACCUGUCAUGAUUGUAAUAGAAUUCAUGGAAAAUGGAUCUCUAGAUGCAUUUCUCAGGAAACACGACGGGCAAUUUACAGUCAUUCAGUUAGUGGGGAUGCUGAGAGGAAUUGCUGCUGGAAUGAGAUAUUUGGCUGAUAUGGGAUACGUUCACAGGGACCUUGCAGCUCGCAAUAUUCUUGUCAACAGCAAUCUUGUGUGUAAAGUGUCAGAUUUUGGCCUUUCCCGGGUUAUAGAGGACGAUCCAGAAGCUGUCUAUACAACAACUGGUGGGAAAAUUCCAGUAAGGUGGACAGCACCUGAAGCCAUCCAGUACCGGAAGUUCACAUCAGCCAGUGAUGUAUGGAGCUAUGGAAUCGUCAUGUGGGAAGUUAUGUCUUAUGGAGAGAGACCUUACUGGGACAUGUCAAAUCAAGAUGUUAUAAAAGCGAUAGAAGAAGGCUACCGCUUGCCGGCGCCCAUGGACUGCCCCGCGGGCCUGCACCAGCUCAUGCUGGACUGCUGGCAGAAGGAACGCUCCGAAAGGCCCAAGUUCGAGCAGAUAGUUGGAAUCCUGGACAAAAUGAUUCGGAACCCAAGCAGUCUGAAAACGCCCUUGGGAACCUGCAGUAGGCCCAUAAGCCCUCUUCUGGAUCAAAACACUCCCGACUUCACUACAUUUUGCUCGGUUGGAGAAUGGCUACAAGCUAUUAAAAUGGAAAGAUAUAAAGAUAACUUCACAGCAGCUGGCUACAACUCCCUUGAAUCAGUUGCCAGAAUGACAAUUGAGGACGUGAUGAGUUUAGGGAUCACACUGGUUGGCCAUCAAAAGAAAAUCAUGAGCAGCAUUCAGACUAUGAGAGCACAAAUGCUACAUUUACACGGAACCGGAAUCCAAGUGUGAUAAGCGUUUCUCCCUUCUGAGGGAGAGAGAGUGGACUGAGAGAACAGUGCUGGCCUUCAGUGUGUGCGUAGAAUGCUGCUAGAAGACAGUUGAUGUCCUGGGUCCUUCCUACAGUGAAGACGAGAUUUAAGAAGCACCUAUAGACUUGAACUCCUAAGUGCCACCAGAGUAUAUAAAAAGGGAAUUUAGGAUCCACCGCUGGUGGCCAGGAAAACAGCAGUGACAAUAAACAAAGUACUACCUGAAACAUCCAAACACCUUGAGCUCUCUAACCUCCUUUUUAUCUUAUAGACUUUUUAAAAUGUACAUAAAGAAUUUAAGAAAGAAUAUAUUUGUCAAAUAAAAUCAUGAUCUUAUUGUUAAAAUCAAUGAAAUAUUUUCCUUAAAUAUGUGAUUUCAGACUAUUCCUUUUUAAAAUCAUGUUUAUUCUCCAUAAGGACUUUGUUUUAGAAAGUUGUUUAUAGCUUUGGACCUUUUUAGUGUUAUCUAGGACAUAUUACUACACUGGGUACUUUUGAAAGAAUUUCAAACUUAAAAAAACAAAACAUAGCAAGAUGAUAGAUAUCUCUAUCUGAACAUUGGUAUCCUUUUCUGUGCCGUUUUAUUUGUUUAAUCAGUGCUGUUUUGAUAUGGUUUGCUAAUUGGCAGGUAGUCAAGAAAAUUCAAGUUGCCAAGAGUGCUGAUAUUUUUUUAAAAGAUUUUUUUUUUUUUUUUUUGUAAAGAGCAGUCAACACUAUCUUUUCAAUGAAAAAAAAAAGCAAUAAUGAUCCAUAAAUACUAUAAGGCACUUUUAACUGAUUGUUUAUGGAGGGAUUUUAGUAGACAGAAUUUACUAAAAAAAAUAAAAUAAAAAUCACAAAACUCAAAUUACAGGAUUUUGAUGGUAAAAAAGGUAUGAGACACACUUCACCUAAAGAAUCUUGGUGAAGGCAAUCUCUGAGAGCAAGAACUAUCCAGUGUUAUCUAAAUAGUGUGAGCACAUGAAGAUUUUUUUUUUUCAAUAUCAUGCCAUUAGGGAAUUUAGGAGAAAUAGUUGGCCUACAUUUUAUAUCCUGUUCUGUUUAAUGCAGUCCAAACACAAGAGGAAAGAAUUAUGUUUUAUAUUAUUGAAUAGAACUCGUUUUACAUGUGAAGCAUGACACAAGGGGCAGUUCACAAUUUUCACCUUGCAAAACAAAGUUGCUACACAGGAUAUCGGCAGCGCAGUUACAGAAAAGAAAAAUUAUUUUAUUGGUGAACACUGAUAUGAGAAACCUAAGUGAAAGAAUACUUUUGACCAUGGAAGAAAGAGGUGAAGGAUCUGACCUUUUGGUUUUGUUUUUUUUUUAAGCUUUAUUUAUUAUUCCAUAUUAUUUGAUUACGUGUUAGAAUUUCACAAGCAAUAAUUAAAUGUGUCUUUAUAGCUAUUUCAGGAAUGUAUACAUAUUGUGAGUACUGCUUUCAAAAGUUAUGAAAAUCAUGAACUACCCCAGAAUUGAGCUGUUGUACUUCCAAAGAGAAUUGGGCUGUUUGUAAUGAUUUUACUAGAGGAAGAUCCCAGGGAUCGGUCACAAUUGGUCUUGUUUGAUAAUGUGGGCAGCCACGAGCAAGCAAACACGAGAAACAAAUCCUGUAAAUGUUCCUUUGUAAAACUUGUACAUUUUAUUUAUACUGUCUUGUUUUGUACACACAUUUCUCUGUAGUGGGCUCUGAAUACAUUGAAAAUGCACUAUAUUUUUCUAUUUUACUUGCAGAGCAUCACAAAAGAACAGGUAUUUUCAGUGCUACAUAAUGUGUUUUCCCACAUUUAGGACCAAAGAUGGCUAUAGAAACAUUUCAAAUGGAUUGCUUCCCAAACCCCUCCCUCCCCUCCCCCCCCCCUCUUUUAAGUCACUGUACAGUGUUAUUUGAUAUUUUAAUUUAUUUUUUUGAUUGACUAGAGAAAUCAUUUUAAUUUCACUAAAAUGUUUUUUGUCCCUAAGGAAAAAUAAUCUGUAAAAUAAGCUUAAUUAGCAUAAUAUAGUCACCUAGACACUUCCAUUUGUAAUCUUUGUAAUAGACUGUAAAUAUAUUUUUGGAACUAUGACACAAUGUGCUUGAGGGUUAUUUUUCAGUGUCUGCAGUGUAUACAAGUGUUUAUACUCAGUACAGCACUUUACAACUCUAAUCAGUAGCAUUGGCCUUUGUGAGAAUGAAUGAAAGAGUUGGGAGUGAGUGUUCUUAAUUCCGUUUGGAUUCUAGACUCACUGAUAAUGAAGUUCUUUUCUUGUUCAUAGCUUAAGGUGCUUAUUUUUUCUAUUAAAAUUAAAUUAACAAAAAGCCAUUCUAGAAAUAGAAGACAUAGUAUGGAACAUGCAAACGGUGUCUUUCCUGCUUUUUCUAGCACUAGAUUUGUAGUUGAGUAGUCUUUCUUGAGUAGAAGGGCAGAAGAAAAGUUUUUUUGAGGUUUUUUUUCAAAAAUAACUUUUUCCUUCAGCAAUAUACCUCAUCUGCCUUAAAUUUUUUACAGCUCUUUACAGGGAAAGGGGAGAAGGGAUGGGAAAGACACACAGCACAACAGGAAGUGUAUGAUGACAUCGCUCUCGUAUGUAGAUUUCUUUUCCCAGUCAACACUAUGAUUUUGAAAUACAUGUAUGUGAAAACGAUAGCCAGAGAAAAGGAAUUAACAUUAUAAUGCUGAUUGUAAUACUCUUUUUCCAGAAAGAGAUGAAAAGGUAUAUAACAGUAAGAAUGUACAACUUGCACCUUGAAAUUUUUUUUUUUUUUUUUUUU